AUGGAUGUCAAUGCUCUUUACCAGACUUUUUCAGAGUCGCUCUCCCCAAAUCAAGACAUCAGACAUCAAGCUGAACAAACUCUUCGCAGAGCAGAAAAGUCUAUUGGGUUUUUAGGAGCCUGUUUAGACAUUUUAUCCACUGAAGGUGUUGAUAUUGCUGUCAAAAAAGCGGCAGCUGUGUUUUUCAAGAAUAGAAUCACUCGUUAUUGGAACCGGGAUGAUAAAUCAGAUGAAGGUAGAAUUGAUAAUGAUGAAAGACCAAUCAUAAGAGAUCGUAUCUUACCAACCUUGGUCAAGGUUAACUAUCAACUAAGAAAUCAAUUAGAAUCUGUUUUAAGUACCAUCAUUGUUGGUGAUUAUCCAUCAAAAUGGCCUACAUUAGUUGACUCUGCGGUCCAAUUGUUAUAUGCUCAAAAUUUGGAUUCCGCUUACACUGGGUUAUUAUGUUUUGCAGAGAUUUGUCGUACCUAUAGAUGGGUUACAAAUGAAGAAAGAAAAGAACUUGAUCAAUUGAUUAUCUCGCAUUUCCCAACCCUUUUAAGUGUUGCUGAUACUUUGCUUAAAGAAGAAUCUCCAGAUGCAGGUGAAAUGACCAAACUGAUUUUAAAAGUUUACAAGUUUUCAACCUAUCAUGAUUUACCAGAACCAUUACAAACACCAGAAGCGAUUACAAGCUGGAUGAAUUUUCAUGUCAGUGUUAUUCAAAAAGAACUCCCAGGUUAUAUUUACAGCUCCAUGGAAGAUUCUGAAAGAAAAUUGGAUCCAUGGGUCAAGUGUAAAAAAUGGGCGUAUGCUAACUUAUACCGUUUAUUUACCAGAUAUGCAUCACAUUCAUUAUCCAAGAAAUUCAGUUAUACCAAAUUUAAUGAUUUCUUCACGGAAAACUUUGUUCCUCAGUUAUUGAACUUAUUCUUUACUCAAAUUGAUCAAUGGUGUAACAAAAUCUUAUGGCUAAGUGAUGAAUCUUUAUACUUUUUAAUUAACUUUAUUGAAAACGCAGUUACUCAAAAGAAAACUUGGCCUUUCAUCAAACCACAUUUCGAGUUAUUGGUUUCUCAUUUUGUGUUCCCAUUAUUAUGCCCAAGUGAUGAUAUUCUAGAUAGGUUUGAAAAUGAUCCACAAGAAUAUAUCCACACCAACUUGGAUAUUUAUGAUGAAUCCACUUCCCCUGAUCUUGCUGCAAUCUCACUUUUGGUUACUUUGACAACCAAGAAGAAGAAAACUACAUUAGAACCUAUUCUUAAAUUUGCAUACAACUCUUUGAACCAAUUGAAAGAUGUUGCAGGUACUGAUCUAGAAGCAGCUAAGAAGUUGGAAGGUGCGAUGCGUUUGAUCGGAUCAAUUUCAGAUAAUUUUGUCAAAGAAACUUCUCCAUAUUACUCUCAAAUGGAAGCAUUUUUGACCAACUUGAUCUUCCCACACUUUGACAGUCAAUUUGGUUUCAUCAAGGCUAGAACCUGUGAAGUUGCUUCAAAAUUUGCUGAGAUUGAGUUUCAAGAUGCAGCUAACUUGGGUGUUUUAUUCCGUGGUAUUUUGUCUAGUUUCGAGAAUGAUCAUUUACCUGUCCAAUUAGAAGCAUCUUUAGCUUUACAAAACUUUAUCAAGGUUCCACAAUUCCAAGAAGCUUUGACUCCAGUUAUUUUGCCAACAAUGCAAAGAUUGUUAACAUUAUCAAACACAAUUGAUUCUGAUGCUACUUCUGGUGUUAUGCAAGAGAUGGUUGAAGUUUUCAGUGAACAAUUACAACCAUUUGGUGUUGAAUUGAUUGGUAAUUUGGUUGAACAGUUCUUAAGAUUAGCAAAAGAACUGAAUGAUGCUGCUAAUGUCGACGUCGACAACUUUGAUGCUGGUUAUGAUGAUUUAACUGAUAAACAAAUGGCUGCAUUGGGUCUAUUAAAUACCAUGAUCACUGUUUUGUUAUCUUUCGAGAGUUCAGUUGAUGUUGUUUACAAAUUAGAAGAGACUUUUGCGCCAGCUGUUGAAUUUGUUUUAAGAAAUAAUAUUGAAGAUUUCUUCAAAGAAGUUAGUGAAUUGAUUGAAAACUCGACUUUCUUGGUUAGACAAAUUUCCCCAGUUUGUUGGAAAUUAUUUGAAAUCUUGAUUCCUCAAAUUAAUGGAGGUAUUGCAUUGUUGUAUUUGGAAGACUGGAUGCCUACUUUGAAUAACUACUUGGUCUAUGGUGCCCCACAGAUUAGUGCUAACCAAGCUUAUUCUGGUGCUUUAUUCAACCUUUUCAAAACUAUCAUGACUUCUGAUGAUAACUCAGUUACUGAUUUCGCAUAUGCUGGUGAAAUUGCACAAAAACUUAUCCUUGCAUUGGAAAAAUCUUCAAACCUAUAUCUAGAAGAAAUUUUACAAAUCACAACAGAUAACUUGAUUAAUGCUGAAGAAAUGGUCAACCUAUAUUCCAUCAAUAUGAUUGAUACCAUUGUUAGUGCAUUGGUCUACUACCCAGUUGAAACUUUGAAGGUGUUAGAAAGUAAAAACUUUGUUUUAGUGUUUUUCAAAUUAUGGUUCCAGUACAUUCCAAAAUUGACAAGAGUUUAUGAUCUAAAACUUUCAACUCUAGGUCUUUUAAGUCUUAUCAAUGUUCAAUCCAAUGCAUUGGCAUCAUCUCAAAUGAUUGAAGUAAUGUCAGAAGUUGGUGUGAUGUUAACUGUGUUGAUGGAAAAAUUACCAAAAGCCAUCCAAGAUUUGGAAAAACGCAGAAAAGAUUAUGAUGGUGAGCUUGAUGGUGCUGGUGAAUUCGAAUAUGGUGAAGACGAUGAAGAGGAGUGGGAAAAUGAAGAUGUUGAUGAAGAUGCUGAUGCUGCUGCUCAAGACGAUUAUCUUGAAUUCUUGAAUGCAGAAGCUGCCAAGUUAAAAAAUUCAGGCUUCUAUGAUGAUGCUGAAGAAGAUGUUAUUGAAGAUCCUUUAGCUAGCACAAUUUUGGAUGGCCUAAAUGUUUUUGCAACUUUCAAAGAAGGUAUACUGAGUGUCCAAGCAAAUGAUCCACAAAGAUACCAAGUGAUCUUCCAAAAACUUAAUGCUGAACAACAAUCAACGAUCAAUGAUGUUAUUCAAAUUUAA